UGACGGAGGAGCCUCGGAAGGUCUCCUUAUUCAGGUUUCGUUGGACUUAUUAAUGGCGUCCAUUGUAGUGGCGAUAGAAACACAGAAGGUUCCAUCAUCUUAGAGCUAUUAACUGAGUGUUAUUGGAGUUUAAUUUCUGACACACUGCGCGUGUGAGAAGUUUUCUUCAAAGCCCGCACCCAGCAUCCGUCCGUUAAAGAUUGAGAAGUCUGACAAGAAAGUAAGCUUCGCCUCCCUGGCACUGGCAGUUUGGAGACAGUCUGCACAGACUUCAUCAUGUUCAGAGAGACGGAUCAGAAAUUUGACCACUCUGAGGAGAAUGCACGGAAAUUAUUCAAGCUGAGAUGGCCUCAACGACCGAGAGGUGAUGUGAAGUGCUGACUGUGUGUGUCUUCUUCAUAUUGAGGAUAUAAGAAGAGAUGCCAUUGGUCAUACCUGCUGGUUUCACUGCGGCUGCCUCAAAACGUACAGCUUAAGAAGUCACACACUCAGUUGUGAGUUUUUCAGAGCGAUUACUUCCUUUCGAACAGAGCCGAGACUCUCAGGAAAUUUCUAAAUCCACAAACAUCUUGAGACGUGAGGCGAUCGGACGACACCAUGAACGACAUGGACGAGAUGUCAGUGAAGUGCGUCCUGGUCGGGGACAACGCCGUCGGUAAGACGGCCCUGCUAGUGCGCUUCACGUCUGAAACCUUCCCCGACACUUACAAGCCCACGGUGUUCGAGAACACCGGGGUGGAGGUGUACAUGGACGGCGUGCAGAUCAGCCUGGGCCUGUGGGACACGGCGGGGAACGACAACUUCCGACAGAUCCGACCCAGGUCGUACCAUCAGGCCGACGUCGUCCUCAUCUGCUACUCCGUGGCCAACCCCAACUCUCUGGCCAGCGUCCAGCGCAAAUGGAUCCUCGAGGUCCGGGAGAACUUGCCCAAGGUGCCGGUGCUGCUCGUGGCGACCCAGACGGACCAGAGGGAGAUGGGCGUGCACCGGUCCAGCUGCAUCACGGCGGCGGAAGGCAGACGCGUGGCUCAAGAAAUCCACGCUAAAGGCUAUCUGGAGUGCUCCUCUUUAAGCAACCGCGGAGUGCAGCAGGUGUUUGAGUACGCGGUGCGUACGGUCGUCAACCAGGCCAAGAAACGGGCCAGGAGGCGCAUGUUCAGCUUGAACCAGUGCAAAGUCUUUUGACCCCGGACCUUCAUGAGACCACAGAUUAGCGUCUGGCUGAAAUUCAGACGGCAAAAAAACUGGAAGUGAGACAUUUUUUCUGACGUACCUGAAGCUUUUUUCACUAAGCUCCACUGUAACUAAAACUACAGAUAAGCCUGGAAACACAGAGUGAAAAAAACAACAACCUUACUUCAGUGUUAUUCAGGUUUUUGGUCGUCCUGAGGAGUGUAGUUUAUUCUCACUUGGAUCUGUGUCCAGUGAGACUUUAAAGAUGUCAGAUUAAGGCAUUUAAAAUGUGACCGUUUCAGAUUACAGUUGCAAAUUAGCUUUGAAAUCACAGCUAAAGCAAAUAUGGGUCUUUAAUGCUGCAGAUAAAACAAUACUGUUGUGCAACUUUUAUAGUUUCAUGGAGCUUUAAUGGUGAAUUUGAGGUAUUUGGAGGUACUUGUGCCCAUAUAUAAAUAUCACUGAUAAGAAUAAUUAAGAUUCAGUAUGAAUGAUGUAUGAAUUUACAAAAAUGUCUGGAGUUUGGUUGAGCUCUGUAAGACAUAUUCCUGUUUUAUUUAAAGCAUGUUGGUGUCAUUGUUUUUAUGUUUUUCUUUAUUAAUCGUAAACCAACUUAUUGAACGUUACCGACACGAUAUGCUACCAAGGAACCUCCUGGAUUCCUUUUACACUUUGUGUGCUACUUGUGCUAAGGCAAACUCAAUUAAAAGCCAGUUUAUUUAUUUGUACAGUCAGUGUAUCUCUGCUGUCUGAAUAACAGUGGAUGAAUUCAUCAUUCAUGAUAUUUUCCUCUGUUCGAUCAUCAUGUUUUUGUGUCUGAUUCACUUUCAGACAUGAUUCUCUUACGAACACUUUUGUCAAUUGGUGGCUGAAGUUUUGUGUUUUAUAUAGUUGUUUUUUUUU